CAAUACUCCCACGUUACAUUUAUCUUAUGUAAAGAGUCACUCUCUGAUCUCUCUCUCUCUCUCUGGGAGAAGAGAAGAUACACAUAGAAAGAUAGAGAGAGAAAUGUUGGAUCCAGCAAACAACAUGCUGCCUCCCCCCUCAUCUCCAUCUAUCUCCUCCGUUUCCUCCUCCGAUCUUGACACCGAGUCUACAGGGUCCUUUUUUCAUGAUAGAAGCACAACUCUGGGGACUCUAAUGGGCGUGAGCUUCCCUGCCAUUACCUUCAGAGCCCCAUCUCAGCACCGGGACCCCCAAACGUCCGUUUCGGUGUCCGUUUCCGCGGUGUCACGGAGGGCCAAGAAGCCCAGGAAGAACAAGAACAACGCUCAGCCACCUCAGGCGAUGGUAGAGCGGCGGCGGAGGUGGUGGCAACUUUGCAGGGACAACGAGGCAAAGCCAGGCUCGCUGGGCGAGUUUCUCGAGGUGGAGCGGAGGUUCGGUGACGGAGCGUUCUUCGGUGCGGCCGCGGCAGAGCUCGAAGGCGUGGUGGUGUUGCAGCAACAGCAGCAGCAGCAUCGGCAGAGGAACGGAAACGGACGGCUGUUGUUCGCCGACGGAAGGGUUCUUCCGCCGGCCACCGAUAGUGAUGAUGGGGCAGCGACGGCUGGAGCGCUCUGCAGAUUCCCGGUUUCACUCAGUGGGAUCUGUAGUGGCGGGGCAGGAUAAAAUUUCUGCUUUUUUUUUUUUUUUAUCCUUUUUAUUGGAUCUUUUUGUUAAUUGUUUUGGAGGGAUUCUUGAUUGAUUGUUAAUGAUUUAAAUAUUCUCUAAUUUAUCCA